UCUCUGGGCCGGCCCAGUCGCGGGGCGGAGCGGGGCGCGCUGCCUGCUGGGCCCGGUGCGGAACCAUGGAUAUCUCCCGCUUUAUGGCCGAUGAUUUCGAGGUGAAGAGUUGGGUAAACGCGGCCUUUAGAGCCGGGCAGCAGGACGCACCCGGGCAGGCGGACGCUCACGCCUCCACCCUGGUGAUGAAGCUGCAGGUGUUCAUCCAGGAGGUCAACAACGUGGUGGAAGAAGCCAGCCAGCAGGCCCUGCACAGCAUGCCCAGGGUGCUGAGAGAGGUGGAGGCCCUGCGGCAGGAGGCGGCCUUCCUGCGGGAGCAGAUGGUGCUGGUGAAGGAGGAUAUCAGGAGGUUCGAGGAGGACACGGCGCAGUCGAUGCAGGUCCUGGUAGAGAUUGACAAAGUGAAAUCUAGAAUGCAGUUGGCUGCUGAGUCCCUUCAGGAAGCAGACAAAUGGACUACAUUAAGUGCAGACAUCGAAGAGACCCUUAAGACACAGGAUGUGUCUGCAAUUUCAGCCAAGCUAACAAGUAUGCAGAGCAGCUUGGCUAUGCUUGUGGAUACACCGGAUUACUCUGAGAAGUGCGUGCAUCUUGAGGCUCUGAAGAACCGCCUGGAGGCCAUGGCCAGCCCACAGAUCGUGGCUGCUUUUAACUCUCAGUCUGUAGAUCAGGCAAAAAUGUUUGUGAAGGUCUUCACUGAAAUCGAUCGAAUGCCUCAGCUUCUUGCUUACUAUUAUAAGUGUCACAAAGUGCAGCUGGUGGCAGUAUGGCAGGAUCUUUGCCAGAGUGACUUAAGCUUGAAUCGCCAGCUGACUGAACUGUAUGACACACUCCUUGGGACCUGGCACUCGCAACUUCAGUGGGCAACACAGGUUUUCAAGAAACCCCACGAAAUUGUGACUGUGUUGCUGAUUCAAACUCUAGGAGCAUUGGUGCCAUCCAUCCCUGUCUGCCUCAGCACUGCCAUGGAGAGAACGGGUCAAGAAACCAAGCUGAGCAAGCUGCUGGAGCUCUAUGAUGCUACUGUCCACUUUGCAAAAGGGCUGGAAAUGGCCAUGCUGCCAAAUCUGAAGGAGCAGAACUUGGUGAAAGUGAUGGAACUGGUAGAAGCGGUGUAUCAUCCAUACAAGCCCUUUCAACUCAAGUACGGAGAUCUCGAAGAAGAAAAUCUGCUCAUUCAGAUCAGCGCAGUGCCCUUGGAACAUUGGGAAGUAAUUGACUGUGUCCAAGAACUGAAUCAUUCAGUCAGCAAACUCUUCAUUCUGGCUUCUGGAGCCAUCGACAACUGCAUUAAACUCACUGAUGGUCUGGGAGUGUGUGGGCUUCUCAAGGCCCUGAAAGCACUGUUUGCAAAGUAUACAUCUGAUUUUACAAAUACAUUGCAGUCGAUACGAAAGAAAUGUAAACUGGAUGAUAUUCCAUCAGACUCCCUUUUCCAGGAGGACUGGACUGCAUUCCAAAACUCUGUUCGAAUCAUUACUACUUGUGGUGAGCUCCUUCGUCAGUGUGGGGACUUUGAGCAGCAACUGGCCAACAGGAUUCUGUCAACUGCUGGGAAGUAUCUCUCGGACUCCUACAGCCCCUGUAGCUUUUCUGGCUUUCAGGAUACCAGUGCUACAGAAAAGAAGAGCAGUGUGAAGAAUCCUUGGCAAGAAUACAAUUACCUUUUGAAGGAGAAUCCAUCUGAGUACGCUAGCCUUAUGGAAACGCUGUACACCCUGAAGGAGAAAGGGACGAGUAACCACAACUUGCUGUCUUCAUCUCGAUCUGCGCUGAGCCGCCUCAACCAGCUGGCCCAUCACUUGGCUUUUGAUUCUGUGUUCCUUCGCAUCAAGCAACAGCUCUUACUUGUUUCAAAGAUGGAGAGUUGGACCACUGGUGGCGUUGGUGAGACCCUGACAGAGGACCUGCCAAACUUCAGCCUGACUCCUCUUGAGUAUAUCAGCAAUAUUGGGCAAUACAUUAUGUCGCUUCCUCUCCACCUUGAACCAUUUGUCACUCAGGAGGAUUCUGCUUUGGAACUGGCAUUACAUGCUGGAAAACUGCCUUAUCCCCCAGAACAAGGAGAUGAACUACCCGAGCUGGACAACAUGGCUGACUACUGGUUGGGCUCCAUCGCCAGGGCUACAAUGCAGACCUACUGCGAAGUCAUCCUGCAGAUACCAGAGCUCACAGUGCAUUCAACAAAGCAGCUUUCCACAGAUAUCGAUUAUCUAAUAAACGUGAUGGAUGCCCUUGGCCUUCAGCCAUCAAGAACACUGCAAAAUAUUGUAACUCUGUUGAAGGCAAAGCCAGAGGACUACAGGCAAGCUGCAAAAAGUGUGCCUCGCAGGAUGGCCAGCAGCAUUGCUGCAAUGAGAGGCCUGGAGUGUUAGCUGUAUUGCUCACACUGCUGGUCAUGGCUCAAGGGCUGAACUGGUUUUGCUUUUGGUUUUCUUUUUAAUUCCAUAUAAACUUUGCAAGGACUGUGAAAACGUUUCUGGAAAUGAGGAGGAUUCACUCCUGAAUAAUGUCUAAUUAAAAACCUUUGUCUAGGAAAAGCUUCUUCAAUUUUUCCAACUUUAAAAGCGUGGAAACGUCCUGCAACCAAAUGUACCGAAAACCACCUGGAUGGUAUUGAACAGACAAAACAGUGCUGGCUUCUAAGCAGGAAUGUUCUGCUGCUCGCUGGGAGAUCCGUGCUUCGUGCCAUUGAGAUGACUGGCUUUGUCAGGACAGUUUAAUCAAUUCUGAAUCUGAAAUUAUGGGGUAGGUGCAAAAGAGAUGAACUGAUUGGAAGCCCUCUUACCUGGGGGCGGUGGGCAUUGCUCAAGUCUGUCAUUAUUCACCAUGUGAAGAAGGCAGGCUCAUCAGUGAGCAGAACAGGCGCGAUUGAGCUCAAUUCUGAGAAUAAAACCAGUUUUGUAAGUUGUUUCUUUUGUGAUUGAUGUGCAAUAGUGAAAGCUGUGACAAGUGAAAGAAA